AUGGUGGAAAUACGAGAAGCUGAUGAGAAUGACACUGCUACAAACGACGCUCAACAGCCAUCUACAUCGAGUACAACCGGCUCUUCAGCAGGCGUUCCUCAGAUGUCGUUUAUUGUAAGUUUAUUCUGUAAUUACCGGUUUUGGGGAAGUUGUCAAGACUUGAGGUGUAAUACUGACAUUAAACAUUCAAUUACGUUUAGGAGUUCCUUAAAAGAGACCCCAUCUACACUGUAAUCGCGUGGCUUCGUAUCGCAUCUCUCUACUUCACCCUUAACUAUGUGUUGUCGUUGGCCGGCAUUAUGUCGGGAAAGCCGGUCUACUACAAGGUUAUUAUCGCCUGUAAGUUGACAAAGCAAUUAGUUUUUUGCCUUGUUUUGUAAUUUGUUUACAUUGUUAUUGGCCCUAUAUUGUUUUAGCUGCCGCUUCGAAUGCAUUCAGACUUCAUCAACGCCUCAGGGAUUCUUUGCGCAACUUAUUCAGCCGCGAGUUUGUAGCCCAGUUGUUCUUCGAGGAUUCUGCGCACUACUUGUUGUACUCCAUUGUCUUCAUUAGUUCACAGCCUGUUACAAGUGUGUUUAUUACUUUAUUUUGCAACUGUUAUGUUACAUUGCUUUUAUCUUUGGGUAGAAACUCAUAGUUUUUGCAUUAUAAACAAUGUUUCAACGUUGAUUUCAGUGGCUUUGUUCCCAGUGUCAGGCUACGCCUUGUAUCACACGUCGUUGUACCUGAUGCAGAUCUCGGAUGUGAUGGGCCAAAGGAACGCAGCGUGGUCAAAGGCUGUUGGUCAUUACCGUCAACAAUAUGCCAACACCUUACUGUCUACUAUUGCUUGUGUCGAGAUCUUCUUGUUCCCGGUCUUGGCAGCUAUGAUCUUUACGUAGGUUUAUUUAGCGUUUGGUUUGAAUUAUAUUAUAAAAGAAUUUAAGGGUAUUUUUAACUGGUAACGUCGUGACCGCGUAGUUUAUUAUAUUGUGACACUUCUAGCGGCAAGGCCAGUUUCAUGUUCAUCUUCUUGUACUACCGUUUCCUGUGGCUCCGUUACACUUCUCGCAGAAACCCUCACACUCGAAUGGCAUUCCAACAACUGAAGCACUCACUUCUCGAGGUAUCUGAACGUCCCUCAUGUCCGGCAUUUGCCAAAACCUUCAUCUUCAACUCUAUCUCGAUGGUCGAGCGAUUUGCCCCAUCUGUAUAA